AAAUAUCUGUUCCUCGCCGAGUGCACUUUCUGCACCCCUCUUUCGCCUAGUUCUUGCAAAGAUGGCUGCGAUUACUUCGUGCGCCUGCAGAAAUGCGUUUCGUCAAGUUAGGGCCUUGCAUACUGGGGCAGUUCAAAAUGCUGAAGCUAGACUCAAGACCUUCUCGAUUUACCGUUGGAAUCCAGACAAACCUGAUGAGAAACCAUACAUGCAAAAAUAUAAAAUUGAUCUGAACAGUUGUGGUCCUAUGGUAUUGGAUGCGCUGAUUAAAAUUAAAAAUGAGAUGGAUCCAACCUUGACAUUCCGACGUUCUUGCCGUGAAGGUAUUUGUGGUUCCUGUGCUAUGAAUAUUGGGGGAACAAACACAUUGGCAUGUAUCAGCAAAAUCGAUCCAAGCACAAGUACAUCGUGUAAAGUCUAUCCUUUACCACACAUGUACAUUGUCAAGGAUUUAGUGCCGGAUUUAAAUAAUUUCUACACUCAGUAUCGCAAUAUACAGCCCUGGCUGCAACAUACGGGUGCAAAGGAAACGGGCAAGCAACAGCACUUGCAGAGCAUAGAAGAUCGAAAAAAGCUGGAUGGUCUCUACGAAUGCAUUCUCUGUGCUUGCUGCAGUACUUCUUGCCCGUCUUACUGGUGGAACGGCGAUAAGUAUUUAGGCCCUGCGGUACUUAUGCAAGCCUACAGGUGGAUCAUCGACUCGCGGGAUACUCAGACAAAGGAGCGUCUGGAGAAACUGAAGGAUCCGUUUUCAGUUUUCCGCUGUCAUACGAUCAUGAAUUGCACACGUACUUGUCCGAAGGGCCUGAAUCCCGGCAAAGCGAUAGCAGAAAUCAAGAAGCUGCUGGCCAACGUCAGCCAGAAACAGCAGCCCAGUCUUAGCUGAACGGUGUGUAUCUCCGUGUUUAAGAAGAACCAGGUAGAAUUAAUGGCUUCUAUAUCCUUGUAUGCGUUGCGUGUUACUACGGUACAGCGAACGUGAUAAUCCCGAUGUGAUAUUUCAUUACGAUCGAUGAUGUACGGAUCUACGAGAAUGGCGGACGAAACAAAACUGAAGGAUCGGUCACGCUCUGCUUGUAAAUAAAUGGAGUUUUCCCGCA